UCAUGUUUAUUACACACCAGCAGCAGGCACUUCGUAUCUGACUUAUAGCAAGCCCAACUGAAGUUUUGAUACAUUUUUGAUAGCCGAGCAACAAAAUCCCACUAAAUUCUCCUCUGAGCAUGGACAGCCCACUGAAACAGCGCCAGAAACCAAAGAAGCUUGACAAACCCAAGCUGAACACGGAUCCCUCUCAGGCCGUCGGAUUCAACAAGGAUGUCAUCGCUGAGGUGGCGGAUCAGUCGGUAGUGUACGAUUACAUGAACUAUCCCAGCAGCAAGGCGAAGGGAAAACUUCUAAAGCGCGUGAAGCCCCUGAAGAAUGUCACAUUCAAGACGGUGGUGGAGCUGGUGACCUAUACGGAAAACUGGAAGAUGAAGAUGUGUGAGAGCAAGCUGCGCACGGAGGAGGAGCAGGUCAAGCACUCCCUAAAACGUCGCAACUUCUGAAAAUGGCCACUGAAAUUAUUGUUUAUUGUAAAGAAAUAAAUUG